AUGUGCACGCUGCCGGUACCCAGCCCCGCAGCCACGGCCAGCCCCGGGUCCCCCGGGCCGCCCCGGGGGUCUCCUCCCACUGGUUCGGCACCGCCGGUGAAGCCAGAGCCGCGGGGUACUGGGGGCAGCCCCCCGCCACCGCCGCCCCCCGAGGAGCCGCCACCCCCGGCUGGAGGUCGCCGGAGGAAGCGGCCGGUGCAGCGAGGCAAACCCCCCUACUCCUACAUCGCCCUCAUCGCCAUGGCCAUCGCCAACGCCGCCGAGAGGAAACUCACCUUGGGGGGCAUCUACAAGUUCAUCACCGAGCGCUUCCCCUUCUACAGGGAGAACCCCAAGAAGUGGCAGAACAGCAUCCGCCACAACCUCACCCUCAACGACUGCUUCGUGAAGAUCCCCCGGGAACCGGGCCACCCUGGCAAGGGCAACUACUGGACACUGGACCCAGCUGCCGAGGACAUGUUUGACAACGGGAGUUUCCUGCGCCGGAGGAAGCGCUUCAAGCGCACCGACAUCACCACCUAUCCCGGCUACAUGCAAAACUCCAGCGCCUUCACACCCCCGCCCGCCGGCCGCCCCACGGCACCCACAGCACCCUACCCCAACACCCUCUGCUCACCCGGCUAUGGCCCACAGAUCUCCAGCACCGUUUUCCACCCCUACACUUCUGGGGCGGCACCACCGGCGCAGCAUCCCAGGAUGUUCAGCAUCGACAGCCUCAUCAGUGGCCAGCAGGCCCUGCAGCCCUCACCACCCGCUGAGCUGGGCCACCCGUCUCUGGGCUUACCCGGGGCCGAGCUGGCUCCCACCUGCUCGUCCGGUAGCUCUGAGCCUCCCUGCUUCCAAGCACAGCCCGUCAGCCCUGGCUUGUUGGGCCGAACCGGCCCCAACACCUUGGCUUACCCCUAUGCUGCCUCACCCCCGCACCUCCCCGUGGCACAGGGCAGCUACUCGCCCAGUAGCCCGCAGCUCUACGGCGCUCCCAACAGACUGGCCCUGCCGGCCAUGCGGCCUCCAGCCUGUGCUGAGCACAGCGAGCAGCUCCUGGGGCUCUCUGCCUCGCCCCUCGGCCAGUUCAGCUCCAGCAAUGCCUACAUGAGGCAGACCAAUUUCCCUGCCGGCCUGGAGCGAUACAUGUGA